AUGGGUCGUCGAGUCGUCUCCAGUGGCUGUCACCCGGCGGAGUGGAAAAACGGCGACUUUGCGGCUCUCCGGUCGCUGUCACCCGACGGAGAGGAGCUGGAUGGAGGUGGGCCGCGUGUUAGGGAGCUUCAUCCUCAGGUCCGCGCAGCAAGAGGAGGCUCUUCAUCGCAUCUGGUACACUCUCAGGAGGUGGCGACUCGUCUCCCGGCGGAUCGUCCUCUUCCCGACGACGGCUUGUUCGUCGAUCAAUCGGAGAUGA